AUGGCUUUGAUGCCUCGUGCAAUGCCCUACUAUGACGAAGACGACAGCGACAGCGACAAUGAGUGCGAUGAUCUACCCGACAUCAUGUUUGCAGAAAACCGCUUUCCAGCAUCCCUAUUUGGCCACCGUGUUGCCAUGAAUUCGAGCAAUAUGGAUAUUGAGCAGCUGCUCAGGGCUUUCAACAAUUUAGAAAUGUAUUGUGAUGCCCCUGACAGUAGCUUUUACGAAUCAACACCAAGCUGUUCCGUUGACAUCUCCCUCGAAGAAGCCCUUCAUUUCCCACAGAGAAUCUCCACGAGGGUGCCGACUGAAACGAACGAAUGCCGACAACUCACGUUGAGAAAUCUGAAGACAAUGUGGUGUAGGGAUGUGGCGCACUACUUCGAAUGGGUGGCUGGUGUGCCAGAGUUGCGCUUAAUGGAUGUGCAAGAGAAGGUGGGUUCUGUGAAUUAUGAAAUAGCCAAGAGCCGGUGA